GUCGAUAGUACAGACGAACCCCGGAUCAAGGGCAAAGGAAAGGGCAAGGAGACGCUCACACGGUAUAACGGACAAGUGAUCGAGGGCGAGCCAGAACCUACCAUAACAGAUCCUCGUAAAGCCCCAGGUUUCAAGAAACGUCCCCACCGAGACGCGUUCCAUGAAAUUCGGUAUGAAUAUGAUCCAAACUCAACAGGCCCACCGCCCCCCACAGCUGUGCUGAUCAUGAAUUUAUCACCCCUAACACCUACGCAGCAGAUACGUCGCAUCUUCAGUGCACAUGGCAGGAUCUCCUCCUUUGAUCCGCAAAUUGACAUGGAGUCUGGGGUAGCGCUUGGCAUCGUGUUCAUCCGGUACCAGACACAUGAAGAGGCCAAGUUGUGUGUAGAGCGUACCCACGGAAAGAAAUUUGGCACAGGCAUGGGAAUGGCUGACGGGGAGGAACUGAAGGUGGUCUUUGACGGCGAAGGUCUCAAACUGAAGGCUGUGCGGAAAGAGCUAGAACAACAGAAGCAUCGCGGCAGAGAAGAGAAAAGAAGGAAGGAGAAGGAAACCAAGGUUCCGACGUUACCACCUGCACCCAUACCCGCACCAAUAUCCAUACCGAAAGCUCAGACCCCAAGCUCAACGCAUACACCUGUCCAGCCUACAUGGCGUCCCAGUCAUCAGCUCCCUGCGCGCCCUGCACACAUCCCAUACACCAACGGACGCCUAUCACCUCCCCGCAGAAGAGCAGCACCUGUCAUGAAAGCCAAAAUGAUGAACUCAGCACUGAGCACUCGUUUCCCGGCCGUGAAUGACCUUGCGCCUAUGUCAUCUUCACACUCCUCUUCAUCAACACCCAUCCAUACCCGCGGUCGUCCUUCACAUCAUAAUUCUACUCACGCUAUAGCACCUCCAUCCCGCUCACCUUCCCCUAUCUCCCGCCGCCCAGGACAAGGGCGCCAUCAACAGCAGAGAGAGGCUACCAGUGCCACUGUCGUCGACGCCCUUGCCAAGAACGGCUUCGAGCAUGUCCGAAUAGACCUCACCGGUGGUGCGAUGAUAUCUAUACGUGAAGAAGACGUGCGCGCGUUCUUCAAAGACUUCAAGGUCGACUGCGUCCUACGAGAUCACAACGCUUGGUAUGUUGCCUUCCAAACAAGCGACUCUGCGCGACGCGCAGCUAUGGUGCUCAGCUCGCGAACACUUGGCCACCACUCGGUAACGCUCUCAGCUUGUCCUCCUCCUUCACACGCCGCUCCUGUGGCUGCUGAAAAGACCAGCUGGACAAAGGAGGAGAUAGUCCAAAAAGCAGCAGAUACGAUCGUCAAAGAACUCAAGGUUCUUUUGGAGAAGGAUAUUACUGAGCGGGUAGCUGCUGCUGAUCUCCGGAAGCUGGUUGCAGACGAGAAGGCGAAAGUUGCAGAGACGAAAGCUAGGGAGGGUCCUGAGAUGGUCAAUGAGCAACGGCCGGCGGAGAAGCGAGGUCUGAAAGGACUUUCAUUUCGGAAACCGAAGAGAAUAAGGGAGGAAGAGGCGAAGACAGCCGUGGUUGAAGAAGAAGCUCCUCUCGUUGAACCGGAAGAGCCUGUGCCCGUUGAACCACCAAAGAAAAAGCGGAAGAAAGAUAUCGUCACGAAGGUUACGAGGGUAUCUGAAUUAGAUCUGGAGUCCGAGGAUGAAGAGAACCUUGUACCCGAACCGCGGAAGCGGGCUGUUUCCGAGGUUCGUGAUGAGGAGCAGGAGCCUGUCAAGAAAAGGCCUAAGAAGGACGCUGUACUUGAGGAUGAUGAACCGCAUAAGAAAGCCUUGUCGAAGAAGAAGGUUGUCAAGAAAAAGUCAGCAGCUAAGUUGGUGGUCGAUGAGGUCAUACGGCCCGACGAGUUGGAUUUCAAUGUUCCUGCUACUGCUAACAUACAUAUCUCAAAGGCGGAGUCGGUCUCGCGCUCGCCUUCUCCCGUGCCGGAACCACCACGACCUCCGAGUCUUCCUCCUGAUCCACUCGACCAAGGCAUAUGCAAUGAUGACGAGGACCUAUAUUUCGCUCGGCUGGCUAUGUCAAAUGACACUUCAAGCGUGUCUCACGUCUCGCUGCAUCCUACCGACACAGUACUAGCAUUUCGGAAGCAUCUCACAGGCUCAGCACGUACUGAAGGCUACUACAAAAUCUCUCAUGCUGAGAAAUCAGCCUAUGUCGCUCAAUAUGCCCUACGAUCCACGAACGUGGAAUCGGUCGCUCCAGCCGAAGCACCUGUCCAACCAGUCACCUCUUCUCGCUCGAACCGCGCCAACGCUCGCCGCCGCGCUCAGGGUCUGGAAGAGAUCAACCAGGUGCAGCGAGCUGUAGCUCUUUCAAAAGGCGAGACAGCCGCUGCAGAGCUGAGCAUCAAAUUCAACCAGCUCCAAACGCGGAAAAAGCAUCUCCGGUUUGCGAGGUCUCCGAUUCAUGACUGGGGAUUGUACGCUAUGGAGAGGAUCGCGCGAGGGGAGAUGGUCAUUGAGUAUGUGGGCGAGAUUAUUCGGGCUCAAGUCGCAGACAAGCGGGAAAAGGUGUAUGAGCGGCAAGGGAUUGGGAGCAGUUAUUUGUUUCGGAUUGAUGAGGACCUUGUGGUGGACGCCACAAAGAAAGGGAAUCUUGGACGUCUCAUUAAUCACUCAUGCGAUCCGAACUGUACUGCGAAAAUCAUCACUAUCAACGGCGAGAAGAAGAUCGUCAUCUAUGCCAAGCAAGAUAUUGAAUUGGGCGAUGAAAUUACAUAUGAUUACCAUUUCCCCAUCGAGCAAGAUAAGAUCCCAUGUUUAUGUGGCUCUGCGAAGUGUCGCGGUUAUCUCAACUAG